CGGGAGACGGCGGCCGCGGGUGGCGCGAGGAGGCGAUGCAGCUGGCUGAGGAGGAGGGCGGGGGCGGCGGCGGCGGCGCCGGGGGGGAGGAGUCGCCGGCGGUGGUGGUGGUCGGGGUGAAGAUGGACGGGGAGAGCCGGGAGUUGCUGACGUGGGCGCUGGUCAAGGUGGCGCGGCCCGGCGAUCGCGUCAUUGCCCUUCACGUCCUCGAGGAGGCCGCCUCCAUUGAAGGGACGGCGUCGUUCCUCUCGCUGGUGAAGGCGUUCGAUUCCGUGAUAGCUGUGUACGAAGGCUUCUGCCACUUGAAGCAGGUGGAUUUGAAGCUUAAGGUAUGUAGAGGACCGUCGGUGAGGAAAGUCUUGGUACAGGAAGCAAAUUCGCACUCUUCAGCUAAGGUAAUUGUCGGAAUCUCCAAGAGUAACCAUACAAUCCGGUCACCGGCGUCCGUUGCUAAGUACUGCGCGAGAAAUUUGUCCAAGAGUUUCUGGGUUUUCGCUAUUGACAAUGGCAAAGUCAUUUUCGAGAGAGAUGCCGUAACAGAUGUACAGCGCAGACGAGAUAAUAACUGGCGCAAGAGUUAUGCUCAUGUGCUCCAUUGGUCGAUGAGCAGGAAAAUAUCGGGUAAAUACAAUCAAAGAAGUCACUGUUGUUCGCAGAAGUGUAAUAUUGGUUGUGAGAAGAAAACCUCUGACCAAAACUCUGCAAAUUUGGCUGUAGAAGCUCUUGGAGAUAGUGACACGGGCGUUGACAAUUCGAUGGCUUUAGUGCCGUUUCAACCAAAUGAUGAUGUCUCAAGCUCUAAUUCUGCACAAGGCCUCAAAACUGGUUGGAUGUUCCUUCAGCGCAUAUUCUUAAGAGGGCAGCCCAUAGAGGAAUCUGGUGGCAAAAAGAUGUCUGCUCCACGGGUAUUGAGACGAUCAACCACACAUUCUUCUGCUGUAGUCCAUCCAGAUCAAAAGCAGAGCUGUUCUGCUGAAAAUCAUACUUGCAAUUUGGAUGGAAAGAAUGUGGCAAUUGUACCAGUUGGGGAGGCAGCUGCCAGUCCUCCUUCUCCUUGCAGUAGCUCUAAAGAGUUUCCUGAAGAACUCAAGGGCCUUCAUGAGAAAUAUUCAUCUACUUGUAGAUUGUUUAACUAUGAGGAGCUUCUGGUGGCAACCUGUAACUUCAUUCCAGAGAAUAUGGUCGGCAAAGGUGGUUGUAGUAAAGUCUAUAGAGGAUGUCUUCCUGAUGGCAAGGAGCUGGCAGUGAAAUUGCUGAAGCCAUUUGAUGGUGUCGUGAAAGAUUUCGUCUCAGAGAUUGAUAUUAUUACUGAUUUGCAUCACAAGAACAUAGUAUCCUUAUUUGGAUUCUGCUUUGAGAGCAACAACUUAAUUUUGGUCUACGAUUUUGUACAUAGAGGAAGCUUAGAGGAGAACCUCCAUGGCAAUAAGAAGGAUCUGCAUGCAUUUGGUUGGCGAGAGAGGUACAAGGUGGCUGUUGGUGUGGCUGAGGCUCUGGACUAUAUGCAUAAUGGCUGUGAUCAACCAGUAAUUCACAAAGAUGUGAAAUCAUCAAAUAUUCUUCUUUCUGAUGAUUUUGAGCCUCAGUUGUCAGAUUUUGGAAUGGCCAUUAGGGUUCCAGAUCUUUCGACCCAAAUAAUCAGCGACAAUGUUGCAGGAACUUUUGGUUACUUGGCUCCAGAGUACUUCAUGCAUGGCAAAGUGAGCGACCGCAUAGAUGUUUAUGCAUUUGGUGUCGUAAUCCUUGAGUUGAUCUCUGGUAGAAGGCCAAUUGAUGGUGAAUGUCCAAAAGGUCAGGAAAGCCUGGUUAUGUGGGCAAAGCCUAUUUUGAAGGCCGGGAAGGUAUCACAAUUGCUUGAUCCAAGCUUGGGCCGUGAUUAUGACCCUGAACAGAUUGGCAGAAUGGUUUUGGCGGCAACCCUUUGUAUCAGACGUUUAUCCAGAUUUCGACCUCAAAUAAGCCUUGUAAGCAUGAUCCUAAAGCUCCUACAAGGUGACGAGGAAGUGCUUGAGUGGGCAAGGCAACAAAUUAAUUCCUCAGAAGAACUUGACGAAAUGGACGGGGAAGAUUCUCCCGUUAGCAUCCAAUCACAUUUAAAUCUUGCAUUCCAAGAUUUGGAGGAUGAUUCACUCUCUGUUAGCAGCACGGAGCAAAGCAUGUCAUCGGAGGAUUACUUGCAGAGCACGUGGAGUCGAUCCUCUAGCUUCGACUGACUACUGGUCGGAGGACACACUCCAUUGAAGCAUGGUUUCGUUUCCGUGUGAUUUUUCUCUGUAAAUUGAUUUGUGUAUUCCUGUUGUCUCAAUUUUACGCGGUUAAUUUAAGUUAUUACUGGGUCUUGGAAGAGAGGUUUUCGCAAGUCAGGCCCCCUCCUUGACAUCAGUACUACUAUUUAGUCUCUAGUCCUUUGGUUUGCCAGGCUGGUUUUGACCUGACCAUUGGACCUUGGUUCGGUUCAGUUGCAUUGCUGAGAUGCAGCAGAAGUAAGGCAUCAUCUUUAUUCUUGUCCUCCCCAUGGCUAAAGAGUAUAUGCUGAUCCUACAAUGGAUUAUUUGCUGUAGAAA